CGCACAUCAUCUCGUCAAGCAGCGUUUUACAUUUUUCACAAAUACAGAAUUUAAAUUAAAUUUGUUUUGCAAUUAUUCUCGUGAAAGUUGUGCAUAAUUAUUGAAUAAAAUCAAGGCUAUUGAAGUUGUCAAGAAAUUAUCAGAGCGUUGCCAAGAUUUCUGACAUCUUUUGAACAACAAUAAACCAUAAUCAUGAAUUAUGGUUAUAAUAAAUACAGCUCAAAUAUGAGUCCACGCGGUCGAGGAUUUAAUUCUCGUGGUGGAAGUUCGUACAGGGGUCGUGGAGGCGGUGGAGGUGGAGGAGGAGGUAGAGACUGGAAUAAUUCAAAUUCCAGUGGACGUGGUAAUUACACAUCUCGCGGUGGUUUCAAUAAAUACAAUUCCAAUUCGAACUAUGAUUCCCGCAAUAAAUACAAUUCUGGUGGAUCUGAACGCUAUUCAAAUAGAGGUGGAAGAGGUGAACACUCGAAUGCUUACAAGCGACCACGUGAUUCGUAUUCAGGACGAGAUGAUCACAGAUCAUCAAGUGACUCCGGUCGCAAGAGAAUGAGAAAUGAUUCAUAUCAGGGUGGUGGUAGCAGCAGUUCGCAGAGGUAUUCGGGUUCUUAUGGUGGUUCAUCGACGUCGGGACAAUAUGACGAUAAGAGAUCGUCGAAUUCAACUUACGAGGACAAAAGGCAGAAUGAACGCACAUCGUCCUAUCAUCGUUCGGAUGACAGCAGGCAUUCUGCAUCGAGGAAUUAUACGACCCCGCAACCACCACGAAUUAGCGAUAUGGCCCCGCCAGCACCAAGAUAUACAUCCAGUCGUGGAAGAAUUUCCCGUCAAACCUCGAGUUAUCGGGGUCGAUCAUCGACACGCGGGCGCGGCGGUGGCGGUAUUCAUCGUGGCUCACGUUCCGACAUCAUCUUGUCUCGGAAGCGAACCCUCGGCACGCUUGACUAUCGACGCAAGCUGCUAGGUUCACGUUCACGAGACUACAUCCAGCGUGUGCGCAUGACAACAACAAAAAUGCGCCGGAGUAGCGGUACUACUAGGCUCUCUGGUAGUAAAAAGGACUCUGCACCCAGUAUGAAGGACAAGGAUAGAAUGGCCAAGGCUAUUAAUGCUGAAUUUUCUGAUGAAGACGACGACGACAACCGAAGUAACUGGGACGAAGAUGAAAAGCCACAUGGUGAGGAUGACGAAAACGCUGAAGAAGACGAGGACAAGACAAAGAAGGAGGAGAAAAUUAAGCCUAAACAGGAGAGAACUACCGAAGACGAGGAGGAAAAGGACGACGUUGUAAAAGAUGACGAAGAAGAUCCAAAGCCAGACGAAGACGACGAGGAGGAAGUGGAGGGUAAGGAGGAGGACGCGAAGGAGGAGAAUGCAAGAUCGGGCUCAGACGAAUUGCCAAGCCGGCGUGACGGUAGACGUUUUAUAAAAUUAAAUUGCGCACAUUGUCAGCAUAGAAGUGUAACAUUUAAGGAAUAUACUUUGCAUUUAUAUUCGGGUAAACAUAAUUCAGCAAUGAGACGUGUCGCCGCCAAGCACAAGGCAAUGUUGGCCCGCAUGAGAAUCAUUCAACGUCAGGAUCAACGACGACUGGAGGCGAGGGACGAGGCGCGCGGAACUUUACCAUCAAGGACCAUUUUCUGUCCAGUUUGCAAACUCAAUUACAGAUCUCUCAAGGCAGUACACAAUCUAUCCGAUUCUCAUCGACAGAUCAAACGUUUUUUGACGCCAUUCUGUCGGGUUUGUCGUAUUCAAUUCAAAUCGCCAAUGACAUACGAGACACACGUGUGUUCACUCGAUCAUAUCAGGAAGAAGAAUCUUCAGGAUGAAAAGAAAAGUCGCGAAGGUGAUGAAGUUAAUUCGAGCGGUGGUGAAGAUGAGGAUAAGGAAAUGAAUCUUGAUAAUUUUAUGACUCUUGAUUCUGUCGGCGAUGUUGACGCUGAAGAAGAUGAAGAGAGUGGGGACAAGAAAAAGAAGGAAAAAUCAGAAGGCGAUGGAACUGAUAGUGAGAAAAAAGCGAAGACAAAACAAAUGAUUAAAGUUGGCUCAGAAUAUAUAAAACGUGUUGAAGUACAAUUUUGCGAAUUGUGCAAAGUUUACUUGCCACGAAGUGAAAAUAACGAACGAGCAGUCGCUCUUCAUUGUUCAACUCGCAGUCAUCUUAAAAGAUAUGUUCGCGACAAUGACGAUAAAGCACUGAGACGUCAAGCGGAACGAAUUCAUCUUCAAUCGUCAUCGUCGACAACAACAACGAAUUCAUUGAACACAAGUGAAAAUGCAAAAGGCUCAGUGAACGCAGAUCAACCAAAUUCAGAUAGUGUCGCGUCAGGUAAUGAAGAAUCAACAAAAGCAAAUUCCGAUAAUGGAACAAUGCACGAGGAAUCGAAAGACGAUGAGGAGGAAGAGGAGGAUGUUGAUAAUGAGAAGGCAACGAAAAAUAAUAAGGAAACGGAGAACGAGGAGGAGGAUGAAGAUGAAUAUGGUGUCGAUAGUGGUGAUAAAUUAUUUGACGAUGUAGAUAAAGAUUUGGGUAAUAUAUUGCGUGAAGCUGAAACUGGCGCAAGAUCAAGUGACGACGAAGACUCACGUUACGAUCGUUUUCGUAAUACUGGUAAAAAACAACAACAGCAACAACAACAACAACAAUCGCAACAAACUGCCAAAGAAAAGAAUGGCGAUGAAAAACAACCAACUGAGGAGAAAGAAACGAUUGUAAAAAAGUCAGAAACAAAGCCGAAAACUGUGGCCUAAACAUCCAUUCUCAAGAAAUAUCGAAUUUUAAUCAAUAAUAUUCAAUACGAUCAUUAUUUCUUUUCAUCAUUAAAUUGUUCACACAUCUAUAUGUGAACAAGCAAUCUUUUCAAAGAUUUAUUGUCUUUAUUAUAAGUUCACCAAUUUAAGAAAUAAGGCAUUUUAAUAUCUGGCCAUGUAUACAAAUAGGGUACAUUAUUAUUAAUAACUUUUUAUUAUAUACAUAGAAAUGUACUUUGACUAACUACUGAAUUUAAUUCGUAAAAUAUCAUUUUCUUUUUGGCGAUAUUUUCUAUACAUGAUUUAUUUUUUCUUUUUUUUUUGUCUUUUUAAUCAAAUAAUUUUCUCUACUAAAAAAAAGUUGUGUUUGGAAUUUUGUUUAUGUAUAUGUAGAUAUUUGUUUCAACAAAAUGAGGAAUUUGAAUUUUUUUUCUUUAGAUUUGACCACAGAAAAGAAUCGAUAGAGUAAAAACUUGAUAGAAUGUAUCAAAUUCUUUUGCAAAUAGGAAAUUUUACAUUUGCAUGAUUCAUUUUACUGGUUUAUUAUAUAUUUUUUUUUAAUUUUAUUUUAGUAAACACGUUUGUGAAUGUAAUUUUUCUUGCAUUUUUUUAAAAGAAAAAAUUGAGGAAACAAUUUAAGAAUUUAAUGAUUUCCUUUCAUAUUCUCUGUAAUAAAAUUAGUGUUUUUGGCCAA